AUGUUACCAGAAGAAAAUGUGCUUCACACAUCACUGUAUGAUGUGAAGAAGUUUUUGAAAACGUUUGACAUGGGCUAUGAGAAGAUUCAUGCAUGUGUCAAUGACUGCUGUUUAUUUAGAAAGAAGUUCAAGAAGCUUGAGAAGUGUCCAAAGUGCAAGGCUUCAAGGUGGAAGACUAAUAUGCACACUGGUCAGAAGAAGAAAGGCGUCCCACAGAAAGUUCUUCGUUACUUUCCUAUAAUACCAAGACUGGAGCGAAUGUUCCGGUCUGAAGAGAUGGCCAAGGAUUUAAGGUGGCACUUUGGCAACAAGAGCACCGAUGGGAACCUUCGUCAUCCUGUUGAUUCAGUGACAUGGGAUCAGAUGAAUGCUAAAUACCCUACAUUCGCAGCCGAAGAAAGGAACCUCAGGCUUGGACUUUCAACAGAUGGAUUCAAUCCAUUCAACAUGAAGAAUUCGAUGUACAGUUGCUGGCCUGUUUUGUUGGUGAAUUAUAACUUGCCACCUGAAUUAUGCAUGAAGAAGGAGAACAUUAUGCUUUCAUUGUUGAUUCCUGGUCCACAUCAGCCUGGUAAUAGUAUAGACGUGUACUUAGAACCCCUCAUUGAAGAUCUUAACAGUCUGUGGAGCAUUGGAGAGGCAACCUACGAUGCUCUUACUCGAUCUACUUUUACUCUUAAGGCCAUGCUACUUUGGACGAUCAGCGACUUUCCAGCCUAUGGGAAUCUUGCAGCCUGCAAAGUUAAAGGUAAAAUGGGGUGUCUGUUAUGUGGGAAAAAUACAUAUAGCAAGUGGUUGAAGUUCAGUAGAAAACAUGUGUACAUGGACCAUAGAAAGGGCUUGCCACCAAGUCAUAGUUUUAGAGGCAAGAAGAAAUGGUUUGAUGGAAAAGCUGAACAAGGGAGAAGGGGAAGAAUAUUAACUGGUCGUGACAUUUCUCAAAACCUGAGAAAUUUCCACAAUGAUUUCGGAAAUUUCAAACGUUCUGCAAGUAAGAGAAAAAGGGUUCAGUGUUCUGCUGAUGUAGGCUCAGAUUCUGAGGUUAUACCAAGUGAAUCAGAGGAAGAUGAAGAGGAAGAGGAAGAAGUACUAGUUGAUGAAGAUGAGUUAUCUAGAUGGAAGAAGAGGUCAAUCUUCUUCAAGCUGCCUUAUUGGGAGGAACUCCCGGUUAGGCACAACUUAGAUGUAAUGCAUGUGGAGAGAAAUGUUGCUCCGAGUUUAGUUUCGACGUUGUUGCACUGUGGGAAAUCAAAAGAUGGUCUUGCGGCUCGCAAGGAUCUUGAGGACAUGGAGAAGAAGAUCUUUUGCCGGCGUCUUUUUGACUUCAAAGGGCCAGAUGGAUAUUGUUCUAACAUAUCAAGAGGUGUUUCAUUAGAUGACUAUAAAGUCAGUGGUCUGAAAUCACAUGACUACCACGUCCUGAUGCAACAACUUCUGCCGAUUGCACUUAAAAGGUUGCUACCUAAAGGACCGAGGCUUGCAAUAUUUAGGUUAUGCGCUUUCUUCAAUCUGCUGUAUCAGAGAGUCAUUAACAGGGAGAAGCUUCUGGUUAUGGAAGCUGAGAUUGUUGAGACUCUGUGCUUGUUUGAAAGAUUUUUUCCUCCAAGUUUGUUUGAUAUCAUGCUCCAUUUGACUGUGCAUCUAGGAAGAGAAGCUCGGCUUGGUGGACCAGUCCACUUUAGAUGGAUGUACCCUUUUGAAAGGCCCGAGGGAUGCAUUGCUGAGUCUUAUCUAGCUGAGGAAUGUAUCCGGUUUUGCAGUGAGUUCCUGAAGAAGACAAAAAAUGUCCAAGAGAAAGUAGAUAGAAACAUGGAGUAUGAAAACAAUUCUAUCUUAGAGGGUCGUCCGAUAUCCAGUGGCACUACUUAUACUCUCACAGAAAUGGAAAAGAGAGUUGCACAUCUAGCUAUCAUCCAAAAUAUGGCUAUCGUCGAACCAUAUGUAGAUAUUUACAAGACACAGAUGAAAGAUGUUUUCGAGAUGCAUCAACGUUAUAGAGCGCCACUUGAUUCAACCGAACAUGAAGAAACACUUAAGUGGAUAGCUUAUGGGCCUCGUUGUUCUGCAAGGAAAAGUCAGAAUAGUGGGGUUUAUUAUGAGGCUACAUCAGUUUGUAGAUCGAGUGCCAAAGAUACAUCUCAGGUGGUCGAUUUAGUAUCUUACUAUGGCAGAGUCACAGACAUCAUCUUGAUGGACUAUAAUGUCUUCUAUGUUCCUCUGUUCCGGUGUCAAUGGGCAAUAAAGGGUAAUGGAGUGAAGAUUGAAGAUGGUUUUACACUUGUCAACAUGAAUCAAAGUCAAGCAUCCUUUGCAAGUGACCCGUACAUACUAGCAUCUCAAGCAAAGCAAGUAUUUUACUCUAGGGAAGAUGAGUCAUCAAAUUGGUAUAUUGUCAUGAGAGGUCCUUCUAGAAGAUACAGUAAGGAAGAUAUUCAAGAGGGAAAUGCAGACAUUGGGCCAUUGCCAUCAAAUUUUGACAUGGAUGUCGACAUGGAUGAAGCUGAGAAUGCGAGAACUGAUUGCGAAGGGAUAUAUGUGUGA